CUCCCCCCCAGUUCCUCGACAUCACGCUUCGCAAGUCCCGCUCAAACUCGCGAACGACAUGAGAGAGCGAUUAACAAGGUACUCGGCAUCUAACCACCACCGCGACCUUUCAUCCGAAACAUCUCAACGUCUUCGCUCUCGGCUCGGUCAAUGGAUGGCCUGACGUCUCAAACGCCCAACUGACCCGUCUACAUCCACCCUUCCCUGUUCCCCGCAUCGGCUCAGUCGGCCAAGGUCGAGAUCCGUCCACGCAACCUAAGCAACACCGUCCCAACACAUCGCACGCAGACGACAACGACCAUCGACGACCACAACGACGGCAACGGCAAACGACAAGGAAUUAGUCAUCACAAUGGACUACAGCGCCUCCAUCAGCGACGAGGCUGGUGCAUCGCCAUGGGGCAACUCACCGGGCUCCUCCCCCCGGCCCAACCAAUCCAACUUCGCUCCCCUCGGUGCUGACCCGAGCGGCAACCCGCCCGACUCCCCAUUUCCCUACACACCGAGUCCCGGCAACGCAACCCCACAGGACCAGGAGAACUUCGGCGGCGAGCAUUACAGACGGCCCGGCACCGCGAGCACCCAGUCGGCGACCGAGGUGGAAACACAAGAUUCGAGGACCGAAGUCGGCUCAGAAGCCCGGACUAGUGCCGACAGCCCUGGGCCCGAGCUGCCACAGAAAUCGCAGGAGCAGGGAGGUCCGCCCAACGUGGGCAGCCAGGCCCGUCAGGACCAGCAGCCUCGCAAGCCUCAGCAGCCUCAGUUCAGGCUUCAGGCCAAGAUCACCGGCCUCGAGCGUACCGGAAAGAAGGACCCCAUCUUGCGAUUUGACGUUCAUACCAACCUUCCGAGGUUCCGCACUACCCAGUACCGCGAUGUGCGCCGCUUCCACUCGGAAUUUGUCAAGCUUGCGGAGCAUCUCAUCUCGGCGAACCCUGAGUGUUUGGUGCCGACGGUGCCACCCGCCGUAACAUCGGCUGGCGCCGGUACGGACGAGGACGAGGCCCGCGUUAAGGCCUUGCUACAACGGUGGUUCAACUACGUGUGCAGCAACGAAGUCCUCAUGAGGGACGACGAAAUGGUACUCUUCGUGGAGAGCGAUUUCGGCUACAGCCCCAUGGUCAAGAUGAAGCAGCCGGCGACGGGCGUGCGCAGAAAGAUCCUGAAGCAGUUUGCACCUCCGCCAGAUGACACCCCGGAGCUGCAGGAGGCUCGUCCGAUCGUGAAGCUCUUCUACUUGGGCACAAUGGAUGCUGGCCACAAGGUCGAUAAGCUUGUCAAGUCUCGUCGAGGUCUCGGAUUGGCCGAGUCCGACUUUGGCGUCAAGCUCGGCGCAAUGCAUAUCCAAGAGCCCCAUCAAGGUCUCGCCAACGCCUACCGGAAGCUCGGUAAGAUUGUGCAGACGGUUGGCGACUACCACGCCGCCCAGGCCACGGCAGAAGCGACUACGAUCGGCGACCCCUUCCAGUACCACUCACAGGACUCGUUCGUCGUUAAGGAGUCGCUCACAAACCGACAAAUUCUCAUCCGCGAGUUCCUCCAAGCACAAGAAAACACGCGCAGCAAGCUGAACGCCGCCGACCGUCUCAAGGCGAGCUCCAAUGUCAGACGGGAAAAGGUUGAUGAGGCCAUCACCGCCCUCGAUGACGCGCGUCAGAACGAGACCUACCUCUACCAGAAGACGACCCGUGUCACCCAAAACCUCGUGCAGGAGCGCCGAAAAUGGUUUGCGAGAACGGCGGCGGACCUGCGGCUCAGCAUUAGGGAGUAUGUCAUUCGCGAGAUCGAGGCGGAACGACGUGCUCUUGCCGUGUUGGAGAGCGUGAGGCCUGAUAUUCGCGCCAUCGAUGCAUCCGGCGGUCUGAGUCGACUCGGACGCGAAUCUCACCCUCCCGUGAGGAGGGCCAGCGUGGCAGCCAGCCAAGGACCCAAGGGGGAUGCAUGGAGCGGUGUUCCACGACGCACUGAUACGCUUAACCGCAGCGUGUCCGGCAGUCUGAUGCCUGGCCUCCCUGAGGAGGCAGAUGGCGACAAUGGACCAGGUGCAGGGCAGAAUCAGGGCCUCGGCGCAGCGGGCGGCCGGGCGAGUCUGGCCGGUGUGGCAGAAGAAGACGACGAGGACCGAGUGGAUGCGAGAAACGCGGCAAGCCGAUUGGCGACCAGCACCUUUUAACGAGUCGGCGCGCAAGGUUGUUGGCGAGGGACGGGCGACGGAAGAGGCGUCCGAAGGGAGGGGGAAGGGAGAGGGGGGCACCUUUGAUCGAAACCUCUUCUGUUUUGGUACAGGCACUUUUGCCAAAAGCCCUUGCAUGAUGUGUAAUGCUGUAUUCCGUUCUGUAUGUGCCUCCCAUACAAUUAGAUUCCCAAAGUAUGAG